AUGAAAGAAAAAAACAUUAUAAAAGAGAAUUUAAAUAUUGAAGAACAAAUGUGUUCCAAUGAAGAUGACAAAGAAAAAGAAAAUAUGAUAACAUUAAGAGGAUUUAAUUUAUCUUACAAAAAAAAAUUAGAAAAAUUAAAAACAAUUGAUAAAAUAGAUAACAACAAAAAAAUUAUAAAAUUAAUUUUAGAGGAUGUACAAAUUAAUCCUAAAGUAAUUAUGCAAAAAUUAAUAAACAUAUUAAAAGAGAAAACUGUUUUAAAUGGGAUUAUUGAAAUAAAUAACCAGAUGUACAAAGUAAAAUAUAAAGAAGUAAUUCCUGAUGAUCAUAUUUUAUUUCCUGAAGAUAUUAGUAAUAUUGUAAAUUGCAAACAUUCAUAUAUUGGUAUUUUAAAAAUUUCAAAAUAUACACAAAAAUGCACAUUUAACGAAAAAUCUCUUCAAAUAUGGCAAAAUGAACCUAUGGAUUUUUGA